CGGCUUUAAAUGCGGGGCGGCGCGGCGGCACCGGUGCUCUUGCCAUCUCCGGCACCGCGCUUGGAACACGUAGCCGGCCGCCAUGGUCGAGGCUUUCUGCGCCACCUGGAAGUUGGUGGACAGCCACAACUUCGACGAGUACAUGAAGGCACUGGGAGUGGGGUUUGCAACACGGCAGGUGGGGAAUGUGACUAAACCCACUGUGAUUAUCAGCAGCGAGGGGGACAAAGUAGUGAUCAGAACUCAAAGCACUUUCAAAAACACAGAGAUCAGCUUUAAACUGGGAGAGGAAUUUGAUGAAACUACUCCCGACGAUAGAAACUGCAAAUCAGUUGUGACCCUGGAUGGAGAGAAGCUAGUGCACAUACAGAAAUGGGAUGGCAAAGAGACAAACUUUGUGAGAGAAAUAAAGGAUGGCAAAAUGGUAAUGACUCUCACCUUUGGUGAUGUGGUUGCUGUUCGUCACUAUGAGAAAGCGUAGAGUUUACCUGACUUCUGUCCAGAUGUUACUUCUGCUGGAUGGAUUAAUGUCCUGUCCAUAAUUGAUCAUAGCUAAAAUGCACAUUUCUGGCAUGAAAGGUUAAUAUUUUUUUUUUUGGGGGGGGGGGUGUUUUUUAUUAAAAAAAAAAAACAAAAACAUUAUGCUAUCAAAUUGGUGUACUUGUGCUGUAUAGUGAAAACAGGUUAAACUUGGCAUUAAAUUUCUGUAACACUUGCCUCUCCUUUUUUUUUUUUUUUUUUACAGUAAAUGGAAAAUAUUUGAAUUGUUUUGGAAUGCAGAUCAAACAAAUUAAAAAGUUUUUUUAACUCUGCUCCUUUUGUAUUUAAUCAGCUAACAUUCCAGUGUCCCGGAGGGAGGUGUUCAAAGUUCUUUUUCCUGAGUUAAAGGACAGAAAAGCAUGUGCUACACAAUGGUGCAGCAGCCUUUCUAGGCAGUGUAGAGUACUUGGGGAAAUGAAAAAUUGACUUUGUUGGCUUUUUGCUGAAAAAAUCUAAACUAACUGUAUUUAUGUAGACAGAGAAGUGAGAUGUUCACAUUGGUUUCAGCUCUCCUCUUCCCUGGGAACUUGUUACUCAGUGCAUGUUAAGGUCAAUAAAUUGGCAGAUGAUGUUCCAGA